AAAUAUUUAAGAAUUGUUAUUUUCCUAUGAGAACAGGUGAAGAAAUGAACGAGAAAUUUGAUGAUGUUGUUGAAACCUUUGAGCAAAUCAUGGUCGAUGAAACAUCGGAUGAGCUGUUAGAAAAUUUGUCGAUUGAACCUGAGUUGCUACAAGACGAUAUAACAAGCGUUCGAGAUAUGAGUACAUGGAAAAUAAAAAUUCCCAAAGUUGCUUUUAAUAUAAAUGGUUCAAAAGAGUUGGUUUCAUACGUCAUAUCCGUCUCCGAGUGCGAAUCUAACGAGGAUAUUCCGACAUGGGACGUUAAGAGGGAACAUAAGGAGUUCUAUGUUUUACACAAUAAACUCACGCAAUUUCAUGGUGAUUUCGGUGGAGUUGUUCUACCAAAUAAGAGAAACUCCACGUUGUCAUCUAGACAAGCUACGGAAAUCUUUGAAAACUAUCGCAAUUCUUUUAUGUACUAUUUACAGGAUUUAGUGCGUAAUCCGCUGAUACGCGGCAGUGAAUUGCUUUAUCGUUUUCUUUCUCCUGAUGAAGAGUUUAGUAGCAUGUUUGCUCCUGAUACUGUGGGGAAACUUGCAGGAAGAAAAUUGAAAUCAGUGGCUACAAAGUUGAAGAAAGAGAAAGGACAAAAUUUGGAGACGUUUCUGAAUACAUUUUUUGCAUCGACGAAGCCAGCUUCAGGCAAAAGUACUCCUGUAUCGGGCUCUCCUAAUCUUCAAAGAAAAGAAUACGAAAGAGAUACAGCUGCAAACAUGGAGAAUUCUGUUGGUUCACACUGCAGCAAUGAUAAUGAAAUAAAUCAAAUGCAAUCCCCGAGAAAUUUGUCAUUUACGAAAUCAAACCAUGUUUUACAUUUGCAAAAUCCAGCAGAUUAUAUUCUUUAUUUGGCGAUCAAUUUGUUUCAAAUACGAACAUGGACUUUAAAUCUCUUCUUGUGCUUAAAAAUCGUCGCUCAGAAUACUUUCAAUGACUUUGUAGAAAGAUACCUAGCUUAUAAAAUCAAUCUUGCGAUGCAUGAACAUCAUCUCGUUCCAGUUAUUCAUAUGUUUAGAGACGCUGUUUUUUACGAUAAUGACCUUCCCAGGACAGAGGAGGAUAAAUUGGAGAGGAGAGAUGAAACUCUACGGGAAUUAUUGGAUUUUUUUCCAGGUCCCUUGGUCAAACUGCUGGGGAAACAGAAAUGUAACGAAGGACUGACCGCUAUAUUUGAACUGUUACAACAUGAGCAACUUAACAGACAAGUUUUUUACACUUUGUUGGAUACCAUUGUGGAGGAAAUUUUUCCUGAGACUUCUUCGGAAAAUUGUACAGAUAACGUUGAUUAACAUUUGAGAAGAGCGCCAUUGGUCGGAACAAUUAUCCGAAAGAUAAAACAUCCGAGGAUAAAAAUAUCCGAGAGGUCAAACACCCGAGGAUAGAAAUAUCCGAGAGAUCAAACACCCGAGGAUAGAAAUAUCCGAGAGACAAAACACCCGGGGUAGAAAUAUCCGAGAAAUAAAUAUCCGAGGAUAGAAAUAUCCGAGGUCAAACACCCGAGGAUAGAAAUAUCAGAGAGAGGAAGCUGACCGCUGUAAUACCUUUGAGUGGAAACGUGAGUGAAUAUUUUGAAAUUCGAUCGUAAAAAUUUCUCAUGAACACGAUAACAUUCAUUUUAUUUUAUUUAUUGUAAAAGUCACGUUGUCAGUGAGUAUGAUUAUUGUUGUUGUUGUAUUAUUUUAUACUAAUUUACAAUGAAAUUCACUGAUUUUUUUAAA